ACACAGAGAGAGAGGCAGGCUCCAUGUAGGGAGCCCAAAGUGGGACUCCAUCCCAGGACCCCAGGAUGACGCCCUGAGCCAAAGGCAGCACUAAACUGCUGAGCCAGCCGGGCUGCCCGCGAUCUUUCCUUUUUAGACUCAAUAUUGCGUAUAAUGAUGAUAGCCUACUUAGAAUCCCAAAUCAAUUUUUUUAACUUUUUUUAAUUUUGUUUAUUUAUUCAUGAGACACAGAGAAGCAGAGACACAGGCAGAGGGAGAAGCAGGCUCUGUGCAGGAAGCCCGAUGCAGGAAUUGACCCCGGGUCUCCAUGAUCACGCCCUGGACUGAAGGAGGCGCUAAACCGUUGAGCCACUCGGGCUGCCCCCCAAAUCUAUUCUUUUUUUUUUUUUUUAAGAUUUUAUUUAUUCAUGAAAGAGAGAGAGAGACACUGGCAGAGAGAGAAGCAGUUCUCAUGCAGGGAGCCCGAUGUGGGACUCAAUCCCUGGUCUCCACUGGUCUCCAGGAUCACGCCCAGGGCCGAAGGCAGGCGCUGAAUCACUGAGCCACUCAGGGAUCCCCAAAUCAAUUCUUAAUAGCAUUUCACUAAACAAAAAUCCAUACCUUAAAAAAAAAAAAAAAAAACACUUUGUUCUAGAGAACUUAAGCAUGAACCAUUUCCACAAAGAAUGGCUCAGUUUGUCCUCUACCACUUUCAAUCCAUCUUGAGACAACAUUCAUUAAGAGGUAGAUUUUCUAUGUAUCUUUUUCCUUACUGAAAUAAGCGAGUAAUAAAGCAGACAAAGUUAAUGGUUUAAAAAGUUUCUUGGAUUCAAAUUUUGUCAAAGUGACCAAAUGAACGAUGUUCAAUAACAGAUCCAAAAUAAAUGGUCGUCUGAUUUAUGGCCAGGACAGUAACCGCAGUGGAGUGGGACAAACGUUAAGUUCAAGAAUGGCGCCAAGUCAUCUGGAUUAUCCACUGGCAUAAAAAUGUAUCUUGCCCCCACUUCACGCUAUGAACAAAAAUCAAUCCCAGAUGGAUUGUAGAAUUAGUUGUGCAGGGAAACCAAUAAAUCGCUUUCAUGUGAAAUUCUGAAGGAUCAGCUGUAGGAUCAUAAUUUUCCUAAGGGCAGGCACCUGUUUCUGGUAUCGUCGACUCUAAGAGAAUACUGGUUGUCAUCUGCUAAAAAAAAAAAAAAAAACAACCUGUAACUUGACUUCUGUCUGCUUUAACUCCCCUCAUUCCCCUGCUCUAUAAUGAAAUCCCUCUGGUCUAGUUCAGAUACCCCCUCCUCUUUAUAAUGCUUGUUACAUGACACUCCUCAAGAGUAUGCCCCUCCUUAUCUUUAUUGCCAAAACUCUUUAUACAUUAUGUUAUACACCCCCCCAUGGCAAAUUAUAUUUGAAAUGUAUAUUUAAAACAACUUUGAAAUACAUGCUGUGAUGACAGUUGAGCACUAAUUACCUUUUCCGUAACUAUCCUUAAUUACGUGUGCAUUCAGGUAAUGUUCCAUCAUUGAAUAAACAGCAAUUGAAAAUGAGAGGGUUUUUUUUUUUCUAUUUCCCUCUUUUUAAGGAAGAAAUGUCUUCUAUAAAAAGCCCAAAGCAAGAAAUAAUUUCCCAGUUUCACUAUUCAGCUGCUGAAGGAGACAUUGCCAGGUUAACUGUAAUCCUCAGUCAUUCUCCAUCUCUUCUCAAUGAAACUUCUGAAAAUGGCUGGACUGCUUUAAUGUAUGCUGCAAGGAAUGGGCACCCAGAUGUUGUCCAGUUUCUACUUGACAAAGGGUGUGACAGAUCCAUUGCCAAUAAAUCAAGGCAGACUGCACUGGAUAUUGCUAAAUUUUGGGGUUAUAAGCAUAUAGCUAACUUACUGGCUAAUGCUAAAAGUGGGAUGAAGCCUUGGUUCCUAAGUAAUGAAGUGGAAGAAUGUGAAAAUUAUUUUAGCAGGACACUCUUAGACCGAAAAAGUGAAAAAAGAAAUAAUUCUGACUGGCUACUAGCUAAAGAAAGCCAUCCAGCCACAGUUUAUAUCCUCUUCUCAGAUUUAAAUCCCUUGGUUACUCUAGGUGGCAAUAAAGAAACUUUCCAACAGCCAGAAGUCAGGCUUUGUCAGCUGAACUACACAGAUGUAAAAGAUUAUUUGUCUCAGCCUGAAAAGAUCACCUUGAUUUUCCUUGGAGUAGAACUUGAAAUGAAAAAAGAGUCAUUUAAUUAUGCUGGAGAAGUCCCAAGAGAAGAAGAAGAUGGGUUGGUUGCCUGGUUUGCUCUAGGUAUAGAUUCUGUUGCUGCCGAAGAAUUUAAGCAAAGACAUGAAAAUUGUUAUUUUCUUCAUCCUCCAAUGCCGGCUCUUCUGCAAUUGAAAGAAAAAGAAGCUGGGGUUGUAGCUCAAGCAAGAUCAGUUCUUGCCUGGCACAGUCGAUAUAAGUUCUGCCCAACCUGUGGAAGUGCAACUAAAAUUGAAGAAGGUGGCUACAAAAGAGUAUGCUUAAAAGAAGACUGCCCUAGCCUCCAUGGUGUUCACAAUACAUCAUAUCCAAGAGUUGAUCCAGUAGUAAUCAUGCAAGUUAUUCAUCCAGAUGGGACCAAGUGUCUUUUAGGCAGGCAGAAAAGAUUUCCCCCAGGCAUGUUUACUUGCCUUGCUGGAUUUAUUGAACCUGGGGAGACAAUAGAAGAUGCUGUUCGGAGAGAAGUAGAAGAGGAAAGUGGAGUCAAAGUUGGCCAUGUUCAGUAUGUCUCUUGUCAGCCAUGGCCAAUGCCCUCCUCCUUAAUGAUUGGUUGCUUAGCUGUGGCAGUGUCUACAGAAAUUAAAGUUGACAAGAAUGAAAUAGAGGAUGCCCGCUGGUUCACUAGAGAACAGGUUGUGGAUGUUCUGACCAAAGGGAAGCAGCAGGCAUUCUUUGUGCCACCGAGCCGAGCUAUUGCCCAUCAGUUACUCAAACACUGGAUUGGAAUGAACCCCAAUCUCUAAAUCAAAUAACUAGACUCUGAGUAUUACUUGAUUCCUAAUAACUUAUUCCUCAAGUGAGAUUAAAAAUAUUUAGUGCUUUGGAAUGUCACAACACAAAAUAUCAUUUUAGGUUCAGAAAUAUUUUCGACAGGUACUUUCCAUCUUAACCAUAGAAUUUGUGUUUUUAUAAAUUACAGCACUGCCUCAGAUUUUGUUAAAUCCAAUUCUGCCUUCUCCAAACUUUUUUUUUUGGUUGUGCUCUGCAAUUCUAUGUCACAAAACCAUAUUUCUAAUAAGAAAAGUCAUACUGUAAAACAUAUGUUCUGAAAAUGUAAACAAAAAUAUGUAAACCUGAGUUCCCCUCUUGUAAGCAUUAGACGAAUCACUAAAGUUCUCAUUUUAAAAGUUCAGACAAAAUUAUUUCAAUGAAUUUAAGCUUUAUUUCCAGUCUUUUCCCUACCCUAAAGGUUCUUUCAGGGGUCAGUAGCUGAUUUUUGCUCAUUUCCCAUCGUAUUCCACUGGCUUCCUUGUUCCAGCAGUGGUGCUGUUACAGUGUUGCCACAUCUAUUUUGAUCAGUGUUAAGAAUUUUCUAUGUUAAUAACUGCCAGUGGUCAGAAUACCAUGCCUUCAUUAAAGAGAGCUUAAGUGAGAGCAUACCACUAUGUAGGGAACCUCUUCCUUAAACCUAAAAUCAAUUAUUAUGUAUAAUUAUCUGUUAUGCUCGAGAUUGCUGUUGAGACAAAUCAAAAUUCUCUUCUUCACUGAAAUUAAAUAUAUUUGAAAGGAAUUAUCCUCAAAGGUCAGAUGUUAAAUAUUUCCCAGAUUUACAUAUUCAGUAAAAACACUGGCUUUAUGUCAUUUUGUGAUAAGGGCUAUAUCUAUCUUAGCAAAAAGUUAUGUAAUCAUUACUAACAAUGUUUAUUAAACCCCAAUGCAACAUUUUGGUUUUUGGCCUUAGCUCAACACAUUCUAAGAAGCUUUAUAAAAAUAAGUGUAUCUUAGAACUGAAUCAGCAAGAUUCAGAGAAAAGUGAAGUGUCAUAAUUCACAAUUUUACAACAUAGAACUGUCAUAUUUUAUAAGGCUAGUUUGAAAUUGUUUUAAAAGGUAGUCUAUAAAUGUAUAAAUUUAUAUAAUUUGGCUCUUAGUCAUUUUAUGUGAGAACUGGAAGAGACCUUAAGGAUAAUAUAUGUCGUUCAGUGACCUUCUUUUAUAGAUAAGGAAAACGAAAUCCUGAAAGGUAAAUUUAUUUAAUUUAAUCCAUUAAAGUUGAAUCAAUUAAUUAAUCAAAGUCACACAAUUACAACUUACCAUUCUUCACACAAUUAAUUGUAGUAACAGUCAAAUAACUUAAUGUUAACAGUCUGUACUAUAUAGCCUAGUGCAGGAGUCUCCCUCUAAUAGGAAGUAGAAAUUAAUACUAAAAAAAAUAGAAUAAAAUAGAGGAUAAUAAGAACAAAUUUACCAAAUAUUGUUAAUUAAAAUUUUAGAUACUAAAAUCAUUUAACUUAAAUGUGAUCAUUUUCUUAAAUAAAACUUUAUUUUACUAAUGAACAAUGAUUCUCAUCGUAAUUGAUGAAAGCUUAUUGGUAUUAUUAGGACUUUAGACAAAAUUGACUUGCACUGGACAUUUAGAUACAUAAUAAAAUUUGAACUACAUAAGUAUCUAGAAAAUUAGGUGCCUUGAUUAUUAUGAAGUGCGAUGAGGUUCAGUUUUAUUCCAAAUUUACUUAAAGAGUCUAAGACUGUAUCAAAAUUCUAGGGUUCCAUGUUCAGAUAAUACAGUAAAAUGUAAAAUAUCAACAAAAUGUAGUUAUAAAUUUAGUCUUGGAUAUUUAAUCCUAUACUCAGGGAAAAUCAAUAAGUAAAUUAUUGUUAUUAAUAAUCAUUCUUAACAUUCCUAACCUCUGAGAGGUGAAUAAGCUACAUAUAAAUAAAAGGAAUAGUAAAGCAAUUUUAAUGGAUCGAGAACAAUGAAUGUAUUCUAAUGGAAAUGAAGGUAACAAUACAUUAAAAUAUUUAUCUAU